AUGGCGUGGCCCUGCAUCAGCCGCCUCUGCUGCCUGGCGCGGCGCUGGAACCAGCUGGACCGCUCCGACGUGGCGGUGCCGCUGACCCUUCACAGCUACUCGGACCUCGAGACCGAGGAUCCGGGUGUGGGCGGUGUCGCCUCGCGUAGCUUCCCGGUCCCCACCGGUGACCGGCACCCGGGCCGGGACGAGCCGCUCACUCAGUACCAGCGUGACUUCGGGGUGCGGACGGCGCCUGCAGGGCCUAGGGACGCGGGGCCCAGGGACGCGCCGCAGGGACGCGGGAUGGGGGCCGGAGGCCGCAGGGACAAGCCCCCGACACCCGGAGCCCGAAGCGUCUACGUGCUCCCCAUUGGCGACGCGGAUGCAGCAGCAGCAGCGACCACAUCGUACAGACAGGAAUUCCAGGCUUGGACAGGAGUGAAGCCCUCAAGAGCCACAAAGGUGAAACCAGCCACGGUCAUCACCACCCACAGCUCUGGAUGGGACAGUGGCCCUGGGACCAGCUUCCAGGUCCCAGAGGUGAGGAAGAAGUUCACUCCCAACCCCUCAGCCAUUUUCCAGGCUCCAGCUCCUCGGAUCCUCAAUGUGUGA